AUGUUCAAGUGCUCAUUUCCAUUCCAUGUAGACAACAUGCAGACCUGUCGUGAUUGGUUGGGAUGCAGUUGGUCGGUGGUCUUUCUGAGAAGGCUUCCUGGUUCGCAAUCUGUGAACACGAAAAAAAUGCUGCCUCGUGUGGCUGUUGCUGCUGCUGCCGGUGGUGGUGUGAGAAGUCCACCUGUGCAGCGAGACAUCGAGGUUCUGAAGUACGCAGAUGCCCGAACUGAGAGUUUCAUUGAAAAAAAAUUUAAAAACAAGAGACACGGAAUCGAAACUACAGCACUCAUCAGCACUGUACGAGCCCUGGGCACCACCUUGCAAUGCACCAUCCCCACCUCCACAUCUCUCUGGAAAGCCUGCCCCAACCAGACGAGGUGA